AUUGAUAACAUGGUUGUGAUUGUGAUAACAAAAAAUGAUGAAAUAUCCGAAUUUCAAUUUCAAAGGCCGGUAGAAUUUCGUUAGUGAAAAAGAGUUUCCGAUGCGUUUCUAAAAGUAAUUAUGGCCGACGAAAAGAAAUAUCCAAUUCAAGAAUUCACACCUGAACAAACUAAGCAAUGGGGUUACGAUUUAUUUCCACAACGACGAGGCGACAACAAUACGAAAGUGAAAUUCAAUCCUGGAAACGUGAUAUUCAAUUACUUACCAACUAGUAGAGGUCAUAGACGUAGAUGUGAAGAGAAUGUUUACCAAAGCUUCAAGAAAAGUCCUGUAUUGAAGAUACUGGUCAGUGCUCUAGAAAGGAACGGAUGUCCGGUGGAUUUCUCUAGACAUAUUUCAUGUGAACACUGCGAUCCUACUGUGACCGGCGGUUACGAUCCAAUUCAGAAUCAAAUUGUAGUUUGUCAGAACAUGUGUACUGGUCAACCUACUGUGCAUAUGGUGUUGUUUCACGAACUCAUCCACAUGUACGAUAAUUGUGUUGCCGAGAUAGAUUUUCAAAAUAUCGAACAUUUGGCCUGUACUGAAAUACGAGCUGCGAAUUUGACGUAUUGUAAUUACCUAAGCGCUUUCAUGAACGGCUUUAUUGUGAGAUCUACGAUAAAAGGAGCGCAAAGGGAAUGCGUCAAAAAAAGAGCAAUAGAUUCGGUAAUAGCUGUUCGCCCCGUUACUUUGGAAGAAGCUGAAGCUGCAGUGAAUAAAGUAUUUAAAAAAUGUUACAAUGAUACCGAGCCAAUCGGUAGAAGACUUAGACCCAGAGGUAGAGAUGAAGAUUUGGCCUACUCAGAGGCAUUUUUACUCGGAUACGACUAGAGUAUUCGUACGUGUAGUUAAUCAGUAUAUCAAUAAAAUUGUUGAUUUUUUAAUA